UUUUCCCAACCGACCGAGUCGGAACGGAGAUCGAAGUUUUGUACCUGAGAACCUCGUUGUCUUCUUCUUCAAAGCCUCCAAAGUCCAAAUCUUUUUGGUUACGUCUCUCAAACCCUAAUCUUUAUUUCUCACUCUCUCUCUCCCACUCUCCAUUUUUCUCUGCUUCAAUUAUCAUUGGCUUCUUCUUGAGAUCUCCUCGGGCUCUGAUCCCAAUCUAUGCUCGAUCUCACUCACACCGAGAUCUCAUCUUCCUCCAUAUUUCAAAGAUCCAUAUAUGAGCUCUAAAACCACAGAUUUGAAUCUGUGAAUCCACAUAUAUGCUCAAUCGGAGCCAGAUUCUAACAAAUCAAAGGUGAAAGAAGAAAGAAGUGAAGAACAAUGGGAGCUGAAAAGAAAUGGCUUUUCACACUCUUCUCUGUAGUAUUUCUCUCAGUGUUCCUUCUCUUACUUUACUCAAUCUCUGCUUUUACCUCUAAACCAUUCCCUUCUUCAAUCCGUCACGGUGCUCAUUACCCACCAGCUUUCGCUUAUUACAUAACCGGUGGUCGUGGAGAUAAUGACCGGAUCUUUCGGUUAUUGCUCGCGGUUUAUCAUCCUAGGAAUCGGUAUCUUCUCCAUCUAGGUGCUGAAGCUACUGAUGCUGAGAGGCUUGCUCUUCUCUCGGAUUUGAAAUCUGUUCCUGCUGUGAAUGCUUUUGGGAAUGUUGAUGUUUUAGGGAAAGUUGAUCGUUUGUCUGAGAAUGGUGCUUCUAAGAUUGCUUCUACUCUUCACGCUGUUUCUAUUCUUCUUAAGCUUGAUCGUACUUGGAAUUGGUUUAUUGAGCUUAGUGCUUUGGAUUAUCCUCUCAUUACUCAAGAUGACCUAUCUCAUGUGUUUGCCUCAGUGAAUAGAAGCCUCAAUUUUAUUGAUCACACUAGUGACCUUGCUUGGAAAGAAGCUCAGAGAAUCAAGCCUAUUGUUGUUGAUCCAGCACUUUACUUAGCUAGAAGAACUCAGCUAUUCACUGCUACCGAGAAACGACCAACACCAGAUGCGUUCAAAGUCUUUACAGGCUCGCCUUGGAUUGUACUGAGUAGAUCUUUCCUAGAAUACUGCAUCUUCGGUUGGGACAAUUUACCGAGAGUCCUUCUGAUGUAUUUUAACAAUGUCAUUCUCUCUGAAGAAUGCUAUUUCCACACAGUGAUAUGCAACGCACCCGAGUUCAGUAACACGACAGUCAACGGGGACUUACGAUACAUGAUAUGGGACAGUCCACCAAAGAUGGAACCACACUUCCUUACUGUAUCAGAUUUCGAACAAAUGGCUCAAAGCGGAGCAGCUUUCGCCAGACAGUUCAAGAAAGACGAUCCAGUACUCGACAUGGUCGAUAGAGAGAUCCUGAAACGUGGGCGUUACCGUGUCACUCCUGGCGCUUGGUGCUCGAGCCACAGUAGCUGGUGGACAGAUCCUUGCUCGGAAUGGGAUGAAGUCAACAUUGUCAAAGCUGGACCUCAAGCUAAGAAGCUAGACGAAACAAUAACGAAUUUUCUUGAUGAUUUGAAUUCACAAUCGAAUCAAUGCAAGUGAUUAUACGACACACGACACGAGAAUACAUUGUUUUCAGUCUCUGUAAGGUUAAUUCUUUGAGCAACAACAACAACAACAACACAGUGGCUGAUGUAUUUAUACGAGGAGAAGGAGCAGAGAAUAGAAAGGAGAGAUUUUUUUUAUCUUUCCUAGAUUUUGUAAUUCCUUUGUUAAAGCCACUUGAGAACUUUUUGUUCGCAAAUUCGAUGAACUUUUUUGUUCC